GGCGGGGGUGGCACUGGCCUGGCUGGGGCUCUGCCUCGGGACGGUGGCGGCCGUGGACCGAAGCAAUUUCAAGACCUGCGAGCAGAGCUCCUUCUGCAAGCGUCAGCGGAGCCUCCGUCCCGGCCUCUCCCCGUACCGCGCUCUGCUCGACUCGGUGCAGCUCGGCCCCGACGCCCUCACGGUGCAGCUCGUCAACGAGGCCACCAAGGUGCCGCUGCUCCUGGAGCUCCAGGGGCUGCAGAGGAACAUGACCCGGCUGCGGAUCGACGACCUGAAGCCGCUGCGGCCCCGUUACCGGGUGCCCGACGUGCUGGUGGCCGACCCGCCCACCGUCCGGCUCACCGUCUCCGGCCGGGACGAGAACAGCCUGGAGCUGACGGCGGGCGAGGGGCCCUACAAGGUCAUCCUGACGGGGCGGCCGUUCCGCCUGGACCUCCUGGAGGGCCGCAGCCUCCUGCUCAGCGUCAACGCCCGCGGGCUCCUGGCCUUUGAGCAUCAGCGGCCCCCCAGGGAAUCUCUCUCGGAUAGAGUUAGUCUCACGCUCGGUAGCAUGUGGGAUAAGAUCAAGAGCCUUUUCUCUAGGGAGGGGCCCAAGGAAGCGGCCGAGGGGGGCGGGACCCCGGAUCAGGAGGCCCCUACGGACGGGGACAAGCCGGAGGAGGCCGGAGAGAAGCCGAAGGAGGAGGACGAGCCGGGGGCUUGGGAGGAGACCUUCAAAACGCACACGGACAGCAAGCCCUACGGCCCCACGUCAGUGGGUCUAGACUUCUCUCUGCCGGGGAUGGAGCACGUGUACGGGAUCCCGGAGCACGCCGACAGCCUGCGACUUCACGUCACCGAGGGCGGGGAGCCCUACCGCCUGUACAACCUGGACGUGUUCCAGUACGAGCUGCAGAACACCAUGGCGCUGUACGGGUCGGUGCCCGUGCUCCUGGCGCACAGCGCCCAGCGGGACCUGGGCAUCUUCUGGCUCAACGCGGCCGAGACCUGGGUGGACGUGUCCUCCAACACGGCCGGAAAGACCCUGUUCGGGAAGAUGCUGGACUACCUGCAGGGCGGGGGCGAGACGCCGCAGACGGACGUGCGCUGGAUGUCGGAGAGCGGCAUCAUCGACGUCUUCCUCCUGCUGGGGCCCACCGCCCCCGACGUGUUCCGGCAGUACGCCAGCCUCACAGGGACCCAGGCGCUCCCGCCGCUCUUCUCCCUGGGCUACCACCAGAGCCGCUGGAACUACCGCGACGAGGCCGACGUGAUGGAGGUGGACCGGGGCUUCGACACCCACGACCUCCCCUGCGACGUCAUCUGGCUGGACAUCGAGCACGCCGACGGCAAGCGCUAUUUCACCUGGGACCCCAGCCGCUUCCCCCAGCCCCGAACCAUGCUGGACCAACUGGCCUCCAAGAGGCGCAAGCUGGUCACCAUCGUGGAUCCCCACAUCAAGGUGGAUUCGGGGUAUCGGGUGCACGAGGAACUCCGGGCCUUGGGGCUCUACACCAAGACUCGCGACGGCGCGGACUACGAAGGCUGGUGCUGGCCAGGCUCGGCUGCCUAUCCGGAUUUCACCAACCCCCAGAUGAGAGACUGGUGGGCCGAGAUGUUCAGCUACGACAAGUACGAGGGAUCGGCCCCGAACCUCUACACGUGGAACGACAUGAACGAGCCGUCCGUGUUCAACGGCCCGGAGGUCACCAUGCUCAAGGACGCCCGGCACCACGGGGGCUGGGAGCACCGGGACGUGCACAACAUCUACGGCCUCUACGUGCACAUGGCCACGGCCGAGGGGCUGGUCCGGCGGUCCGGCGGCCUGGAGCGGCCCUUCGUGCUCAGCAGGGCCUUCUUCGCCGGCUCCCAGCGCUUCGGUGCCGUCUGGACAGGGGACAACACAGCUGAAUGGGACCAUCUGAAGAUCUCCAUUCCCAUGUGCCUCAGCCUGGGGCUGGUGGGACUCUCCUUCUGUGGGGCCGACGUGGGCGGCUUCUUCAAGAACCCCGACCCCGAGAUGCUGGUCCGCUGGUAUCAGAUGGGAGCCUACCAACCGUUCUUCCGGGCCCACGCCCACAUGGACACGGGGCGGCGGGAGCCCUGGCUGCUGCCCCCCGAGUACCUCAGCCCCAUCCGCUCCGCCCUGCGCCAGCGCUAUUCCCUGCUGCCCCUCUGGUACACCCUCUUCUACCGGGCACACCGGGAAGGGCAGCCCGUCAUGAGACCCCUGUGGGUGCAGUAUCCGCAGGACGGGACGACUUUCAGCAUCGACGACCAGUUCCUGCUGGGAGACUCGCUGUUGGUUCACCCUGUGACGGAGCCGGGGGCCCGAGGGGUGCAGGUCUACCUGCCGGGCCAAGGGGAGGUCUGGUACGAAACCGAGAGCCACCAGAAGCACCGCGGUCCCCAGACGCUGUACCUGCCCGUCACCCUGAGUAGCGUCCCGGUGUUCCAGCGCGGGGGGACCAUCGUAGCGCGGUGGGAGCGAGUGCGGCGUUCUUCCGACUGCAUGAAGGACGACCCCGUAACGCUUUUUGUGGCCCUCGGCCCCCAGGGCACGGCCCACGGGGAGCUCUACCUCGACGACGGGCACACCUUCAACUAUCAGACCCGGGACGAGUUCCUGCUGCGCAAGUUCUCCUUCGCCGAAAACACCCUCAACUCCAGUUCAGCCGACCCCAGGGGGCACUUUGAGACGCCCGUCUGGAUCGAGCGAGUGGUGAUCCUGGGGGCCGGGAAGCCGGCGUCCGUGCUGCUCCGGACACAGGGCGUUCCCGACAGCCGCCUGGCCUUCCACCACGACGCGGAGACCUCCGUGCUGACGCUGCGCAAGCCCGGAGUCAACGUGGCCGCCGACUGGAGCAUCCAGUUGCGAUAA